GUGAUUGUGAUUCAAACGUAAAGUGAAAGCGUGAAAAACUACUUAUUGUGAUUGAUAUUUCAUGCAAUGGAAAACUGUGCGUUCACCUUAUAGUUCAUUUGGCUCUUUCCUGUUUCUGACAGAAAUGACUGAACAUAACCUAGAAAUAAGGAAAAACGAUUGUCUCAACAAAGAUUUCAAUAAUCUUCAAUUAUAAUCGAUAAAAGAACGAACAAAGUCCACGCAGUGAAGCGGAAUGUAAUCAUUUCCAAAGUAAAAGACCAUACAUCCAUAAUCAUGUCGCUAAAGACUAGAGUCAAGAAAGAAAAUGCAUUAAGAAAAGAUGUAACUAAAAUUAAAAGAACUCAUGAUGUCGUUCUUCCUUUUUAUCCAAAUGAAUGUUUUGUCUGCAAAAGCACUAAUCAAUUAAAGAUAUGUGGUCGAUGUAACAUGGUAUCCUACUGUAGCUCAGAUCAUCAAAAAGAGCACUGGCCUCGUCACAAAGACAUUUGUAAUGUAAUAUCGUCUAUCCUAACUGAAAAAGGAGUCUCUCACGUCUACGAAAAUCUGCGCGGUAUUGAUUCAUCAAAAUGGAGACAAGCGAAGAUAAACCUGAUGAGUCUAAUAGCCAAGAAGUUGUCUCGACCAAUUACAGUCGAAGAUUCAGAUAUAGUUGCAUUUCCAAGAGUUUGUUUCGCCUGCUACGAUGCCAUACAAGAAAACUUACGAAAUUGUCCUGCUUGUCCGUUCGCAAGCUUUUGUGAAGAACACCGAAGCAGUUCCCUCCACGACGAAGAUUGCAUAAAAAUAAGAGAGUUCCAGGUUCAAGAAGUUUCCAGAAUGAAGAAUUUGGAUGUGAAACUUGAGCAUGCAACCUUCAAGAGAAUCGUAGAAGGGACGCCAUUUUGUGAAAAUCUACAGCCACCUAGUUCAAUAACAGAAUAUUUCGAAGAUUACAUUAAACUGCCUCUUAAACUCUACAAAGAACUCAAAAUCCAUAUCUCGUAUUAUUUGUCUGCACCACUAUCGAUAUUCAGCGCUAUUCAAAAAAUGAAUCUAGAGAUUGGCUCUGCAUUGGUUUUGCAUCUGAUAGAUUCACCCCUUUCUCUUAAUGAUUCAAAGCCCUGGGAAAUUCUUCUACAUUUACUGCCAAAGAUACAGAACUUAAAGAUUGUACUUGUUAACUCAGAGUUUCGUCCUGGUUGUACAUCUAAAACAACGGAAAUUGCCCUGUGCAAAGAUUGCAAAUUUCGGAAUAAGACACUGGUUGUUGAUGUCAACGUAUCUACAUACGGAGAUUACAAGAAUUACCGAUAUUACCAGCAGCCGGAUAUCCUCGUGAACUUUGAUGUAACAAUUACGUGUGGGCGCGUUGAGUCAAAUAAAGGAGUAGCAUCGGAUUUGGAUUGGAAAAAACUGAGUUGUCCCAUUGUAUUUUUAUCUUCGUCAGAAAUUGAAGCGUCAUCAAUAGAAUCAACGUUUCAGUCUGAUUCCGAGUUUUCUCAGGUGUAUUACAAUGGACGGAACAAUUUCCAAUCUUUGAAAUUUUCCCGAAACCUCAAAAGCUUAUGCGCAGAUCUGAAAAAUCAAUUUAUAAUCGUUUUCAAAAGACUGCCAAAAAUGAAUGUUUCGAAAAAUUGCUUCUAUCCUAGUGUUUGUCCAGUGUGUUCCUCUAAAGCUCUAAUAGUGUGUGAAUUUUGCAAGAUGAUAUUCUACUGCGGAUUUGAGCAUCUUAAAGAACAUCAGAGUCUACACAAGGAUUUCUGUGAUGCCGUUCAAAGACUGCUGACUGAAACUGGAGCUUCAAAUCCUUUCGAUAAUCUCGAAAAAGGUGAUCCAGAGUCUUGGUUAAGAGCGAAGAUUGAUCUGAUGUACAAAGUGCAGCUCAAACUAGGAAAAGAGCGACAGCUUACGAAGUGCGAAGAACAAAUGUUCCUGUAUACCAAAACCUGCUUAAUUUGCCACAGUGGUGAUCUGAGUAAUUUGACGACUUGUGAAUGUGGGAUUAGUCUUUGCGAAAAACACACAGAUAACUUGAGGCAUCAACAACUUUGCAGAGAUUUAUUGCUGUCUUUUAAACUGUCGACGACUAUGAUCCGAGCAGAUCUAGAUGUUUUAGUGAAACCUUUUAUUCGCGAAAGAACUGAUAUUCUUCCUUCUUCGAUGGAUAGCUUCAUAGAUUCGUGUUUGAGUCUGAAUAAGGAAGCAUCACAAGGAAAAAAUAAACCCAAUACCCCUGAUAUUCAGAAGAUUAUGCUUUCCGACCUCCUCUCCAGGCCUCUGACUUUUCUUUAUGCUUUGCAAAAACUAAAUUUGAAAGUAGAGAAAACAAUGGUCGUUCAUGUAAUAUGUGCAAUGGAUACUGACUAUUCCGAGACACAUUACUGGGAUUUCGCUUUAUACUGGCUGAGGACACUGAGAACCUUGAAAAUGAUUUUCAUUGGACCGAAAAUGUGUCCAGUGAACGGGGAUGAUGUUUCGAGGACGUUCAAAUAUAUGAAGAGUCGCUCUUACUUUGGAAGACUUGGAGUGGAGAUCAAGCAAGAAAGAUACGACGAAUAUUUUCAGGAUCCUUCUUUCGAAAAGCCUGAUAUUAUUUUGGGAUAUGAUCUAGACCUACAAGAAAUGUAUGGAAUUUCUAACAAUUCCAAGUGCCCUUGGAAGGAGACAAUCAUAACUUUGGCGAAACUGGAAGUACCAUUCGUGCUGACUGCAGGAACAAAAGAGCAAGCCCUUAAAGAUCACGAAAAGAUAUGCUCGGUUUUAGGAAAAUCUAUUAAUUUUGCCCUUUCCGAGCGAAAUCCAUUCGCAAGUUUAUUUCCUAGGAGACACGUCUUAUUUCAGAGUUUACGUCACUCGAAUGAUUAUAUCAUUAUCUACACUAAUUGGAGUAAAAAUUUAAUUAAGAGGCCUAGAUUAAAAAGUUCUGGGGGAGACACGAAACUAGCUGCUAGCGCAAAGUUUGAGUCCAAUAAAAGCAGAACUGGAGGAACGAUUGAGAAAAAUCCUGUAGGAGAAUCUAAACGAAGAGAGAAUUUGGAAUCUAGUUUGAAACAACCUGCCAGUAAGAAAAUCAAAACUGAUACAGGAUUUGAAAUAAAACCCUCUCAAUUUAAAACUAUUCCACGCGAUACAAAUCCACUUAAUCCAACUGGCCCAAAAAAUAUUGGAUGUAAGGUAAAACCAAGAGAAGGUUUAGAAUUUAAUUUGAAAGCAGAGGAAACUGAUAAACUAUGCGACGAAAUAGAGUGGCAGUUCGUUAAGAGAUCACCUAAGAAGGAAAGGAUGCAAAAAAAAGAUUUGCUUGAUCUUGUGAAAAGUGGUCAGGAAAAGAAAAAAGUCCAUCGAAUAGUUGCACGUACAUCGAAAAUAUCUCAAGUUGAUAAACUUAAAAACGAAACAAAACUAUCUGAUGCGAAGAAUUUUGAAAGGAAUCAAAAUAAGGCAAAACUAGCUAACGGAAAAAAACAAGGAGUAAGAAACCGGAAGGAAACGAGACUGGUCAGUGUGAAAAAUCCUGGUCCCGUACGAACACUUCUACAAAAUGCGCGAUAUAAAUCGAAAUUGGAGUCACCCAAGUUACAAAAAAUGGUAAUAUCUGGUAUGAAAAAACUUUCGGAGUCUGCAAAGAAACCAAUCAAGGAAAAAGUGAACAAGAAGGAAUUAUCUAGUAUUGAAAAAAUUGGAGAGGAAAAUAGACGCUUUCUGGGAAAGUUUGCAACUAAACUGAAUCCAUUUAAGGUAAAAAAUAUUAAGUGCGAAACAAAACCAGACAAUUCGAAAAAUGGUCAAACAAAUCAGGAUAAAACAAAACUAGCUGCUGCUGAAAAUUACAGAUGUGAAAUCGCGAAUUUAAAAACGAAACAAACUGAUAAGGAAGCUGUGGGAUGCGAAAUAAUAUUUAGAGAAAAUUUUGAGUCUGCACCAAAAGCAGCAGUGACUGAUCAGGAAAUCAAACAGGCUGCCGUUGAAAAAGUUGAAUCGAAAAUGAAAUCCUCACAGAUGAAAGAUAUGGGACUCAAGAUGCAAAAAACGAUGUCAAAUCUUUUUGAUAAAACAGAAAAUCAGUUGCAAAAUAGGAUAUUUUCUGCUACUGUAAAUAUCGGAUUUGAAAAUGAGGAAUACGAGCAUGAAAGAGUUGAAUACAAACCUAAAUCUGUUUUGGUUGUCGAUUACAAAUCCGAAAUGAACUCAGUGGUUAAGAGAAUGGAAUCAAAGACGAAUCUAGAUUACCAAUUAGAAAUCAAUUAUUUUGAAAUUAAAAGAACAGCUGACAAGGAAACUUUUGGAUUUCAAACAAGACGAACAGGAAAUUUGGAACUGAAAUCAAACACUGAUGUGGAAUCGAAUUCUCUCAAAAAUCCUAAUAAGAAGGAAAACUUGCUGCGGAAUGAACUAUCUGAUGUAGGAAAAAUAGGACAUGAGACGGAGAAUCUUGAAAAUGAUAAAUUUAAUCUUAAAUUAGAAAAGAAGUUUAUAGAGACUAAUUUCAACUUAUCCAGCAGUCUCGAUUCUACUCUUAGAAUGGACAUUUCAAACGCUCAAACAAAACUAAAUGGGAAGGAAAAUCUUGAAUGCGAAGCGAAACUAACAGAAAAUUUGGAAUCGAAAUCAAAACUUAUAACUAAAGAAUCAGAUAAGGAGAAAUGUGUUGACGACAGAAAACUAUCUCAAACUGAAAUCAGUUUCAACAAAACAUUUACCAUUCAUAAAUUCGAAUCUAGUUUGAGCAUUGAAGUGGCAAAUAGUGAAUCCCAACUAGUAGGAUUGAAAACUGGAUGUGUAGCAAGAAUAACUGAAAUUUGUCGAAGCUUAUUUAUACUUUUUAUGCUAAUCUGCAUUUGGAUUUUGAUGCAUCUGAAAUUAAAAUAUGAAGAUUUUAUUGAUUAUUUUAUGAAUCAGAAGCAAGAAACUGCUGUUGAAAAUUUCGAUUUUGAAAUUGAUGAAAGUGUUGCAAGUGUCGAGUCUACCGUAAACUUGAACAACACUCAGAAUUCUAGUUCUGGGGAGUUUGAAGUGGCACCACUCAAUUUUCAAAAUGGUGAUUUUGGAAACAAAUUAGGAGACAGUGUGGAAUGUGAAGAGCAGGUUCGUGCAAAAAAGAGUUCAAACUUCAAGGCCAAGUCCAGAUCUUUUAAUAGAAAGUUGCCCGAGGAGAAAUUCUUCUGCAGAGAGACACAUGAAUUGUUGAUGGAAAAGUUACUUUUUGAAGAGAAAAUGAAUCAUUUUGCGAAUGAAAAACUGUAUCUGCGACAAGAAUGUGAACGGGUUGAACAAGAAAAUGUCCUGAUAAAUGAUAUUAGACUUCAAAUAAACGAGGGAAUUACCGCAGAAUUCCAAGAUGAAGAUUAAUUUUUUUUCGUUUAGAAUACAGAGGAUGACAGUUAAUUUGAAUGUUGGAUUUGCGAAACAGAGGACCAGGAGCUGAAGCUGAAGAACAUGAAACGAAGUGAUUUACUGCCAAUCAAAAAGUUUUCUGUCGUAUUUGUUCACUUUUUGUCUUAUUUUAAAACUUUUUAGUGUAUUUUUUUUUUGCAUUAGACUUAAAAUUAGAAUUGUAUUUUAUUCAGAUAACUGCAAUCCACGAUUUGCAUGUUUGAUUUCCGUUUGAAAAAUAUGUCUUCAGAGGUCAGUGAUCUGGAAUAAGCCUUUCUUUUAAGUUUUAGCGGUGUUGGACUCUGUAUACUAUUUUGGCAUGUUGCGUUUAUUUUUAAAUUAAGAUUUCAUCGAAAAGUGAUAUUAUAUUUAAUUGACGCCUUUCUCCAGUAAAUGCGUAUUUAAUAAGCUAAAUAUAUCUAUUUAGAAAUUAAAAGCAUGUAUAAAGCAUUGCAUUAUUAUUAGUAAAUGCAAUUCACUCAACAAAUUUUAUACUAAUUUUUGCCUGUUGAUUUUCAUUUAUGUUCAUAUUUCCCUUAAUGGUACAUCUUUACUAUUUUUAUACAUAUAUUACCAAUUGAAAAUAAAUUAAUUUUUUAA